CUAUGAAGCCGUACACUCCAGCUUUCAUCCUCCUGUGGAGCACUGUUGGGAUAGCAAGGGCUGCCAAAAUCGUUGUUGUGCCGCCAAUUAUGUUUGAAAGCCAUCUUUAUAUUUUUAAGACUCUGGCCUCAGCCUUGCAUGACCAAGGUCACCAGACAGUGUUUCUCCUCUCUGAGGGCAGAGAGAUUCCUCCAUCUAAUCACUAUAGAUUUCAGCGCUACCCAGGGAUCUUUAACAGCAGCACCUCGGAUGACUUUCUCCAGUCCAAGAUGAGGAGUAUCUUCUCUGGGAGACUGACGGCCCUGGAACUGUUCGAUAUCCUGGACCACUAUUCCAAGAACUGUGACAUGAUUGUUGGCAACCAAAACCUCAUGCGUACCCUGAAACAGGAAAAAUUUGACCUGCUCCUGGUAGAUCCCAAUGAGAUGUGUGGAUUUGUUAUAGCUCACCUUUUAGGGGUUAAGUACGCCGUCUUUUCCACUGGCCUGUGGUAUCCAGCAGAAGUGGGUGCUCCAGCUCCCCUCUCUUACGUUCCAGAGUUUAACUCGCUACUCACAGAUCACAUGAACUUAUUUGAGAGGAUUAAAAAUACUGUUGUGUAUCUUAUUUCAAGAUUCGGAGUCAGCUUUUUGGUUCUGCCAAAAUAUGAAAGGAUAAUGCAGAAAUAUAAGGUUAUGCCAGAAAGGUCCAUGUAUGACUUGGUUCAUGGAUCCAGCCUGUGGAUGCUUUGUACUGAUGUAGCACUGGAGUUUCCAAGACCCACGCUACCAAAUGUUGUUUAUGUGGGAGGAAUCCUAACCAAACCGGCCAGCCCGCUGCCAGAAGAUCUCCAGACAUGGGUGAAUGGUGCUAAUGAAAAUGGCUUUGUCCUUGUCUCAUUUGGAGCUGGAGUGAAAUAUCUGUCAGAAGACAUAGCAAAUAAGUUAGCAGAUGCGCUGGGAAGACUGCCUCAGAGAGUUAUUUGGAGGUUUUCAGGAAACAAACCAAGAAAUCUAGGCAACAAUACAAAACUUAUAGAAUGGUUACCACAAAACGACCUUCUUGGUCACCCUAACAUUAAAGCUUUCCUUAGUCAUGGCGGUUUGAACAGCAUUUUUGAAACCAUGUACCAUGGGGUCCCAGUGGUGGGAAUUCCCCUUUUCGGAGACCAUUAUGAUACUAUGACCAGAGUGCAGGCCAAAGGCAUGGGAAUAUUGUUGAACUGGAAGACUGUCACUGAGAGUGAAUUGUAUGAAGCACUAGUAAAAGUUAUUAAUGAUCCCAGCUACAGGCAACGGGCCCAGAGGCUGUCUGAAAUUCACAAAGACCAACCCGGUCAUCCUGUUAACCGGACUGUGUACUGGAUUAACUAUAUCCUCCGUCACAACGGAGCGCAACAUCUACGUGCCGCUGUUUACAGCAUCUCUUUCUAUCAGUAUUUCUUACUGGAUAUUGCCUUUGUUGUACUAGUGGGUGCUGCCUUAUUUUAUUAUGUUUUGGCCAGGCUAACAAAAUUUAUCUGCAAAAAAAGCAAACAUCUUUGGUCAAAUGAUGAACAUAGCACUGUUAAUGGACAUUACCAGAAUGGGAUACCAAAUGGCAAGUAUAGAAGAAAUGGCCACAUGAAGCAUGAAAAAAAGGUGAAAUGA